AUGCCGCCGACCAAUCGCACUUCCCCAAAGCCCCUUUUAACAGGCGUAGCUGAUUUUGUCGGACGUGUGCUCCUGCCUCUCUUGUUUCUCACAGGCCAAUGCCAUGGCGAAGCUACCUCAACCAAUGCUGCCGAUUCGUCUCUGGCUUCGCUCGACCACCUCCUCGAUGGUCUUGAUACGCCUCCACUGAACGAAGGCUUCACCUACCUGCCAGACUUCCACGAUUGCCCUCUGCCUUGCAGUGACUAUGCAAAUGUCUUCAGUUGGGUUCGCUACUGGACCCCCGAUCAACUGCAGAGAUGUAACGAACCUCUCCUGCUUCAGUUCUCCGUGGAGCAGCCGGUAGCAUCCUCAGCAUCCUCAUCGAUCGGAGCGGGCGUUCCUGUCUAUGCUUGUUCUCUCUCGCCAACCGCAGCGGGCAGCUCGACUGCCAGCCCGCCACCAAUCGACAACCCCAAGACAUCCAACAAUCUGAACAAGGACCAGUUGAGCCGUGCAGUUGCAUGUGCCGCACCCAGUUCGCCCUCGUCGUCUCCCAGAGGCAACACCACAGCCGUACAGAAGCUCGUGGUGUCCUCGGGCGCAUCCCGGAACGCCUCCGGGGACGGAAGUGAUGUUUACGCCAUGAUGAAGGGUCUGCAGUCUUUCUUUGAGGCGCAAGGCAACUGCGAUGAGACUCUUGUCUUUGCGCGCCACAAGCAGACCACCAUGGGCAUGUAUGUGGGUGCCAGCUUGGGCAAAGCAGCUACAACUGAUGCUGUGCUCACAUCGCUGUCGAGUCGUCUACAGACAGCCGGUGCCGCAUCGCAGCCACUGGUCGCUCAACUCUGCGGAAACAGCGGCAGCAACAACCGUACAACUGAGCAAACCUUGGGUAUUGCCAUGGACGCCACGGGGGACUUGUCCAUUGUGCAGCAGGCCGUUGCAGCAUGGUCCAAAGGAAACUGUGUCUCAUCUCUGGGUAGUAGUUUGCAACAGGACGCCUCUCCUGUCGAGGCCCAUGUGGUCGACCUCUCACCAACACCUCCACGUAUUAACAGCACAUUAGCUGUGAGCCGCCGUUUUCUCGGAUCUCGCUAUCUUCGCGGCCGCAGUGCCGACAACGCGACCGUCAGCGCGGCCACUCCGACACCGCCCGCCAAGAACUCGGACGGAACGUGCGCAUCGUACGUCAUCCAGAAGACGGACACCUGCUCGAAGUUGGCUACACAGUAUGGCAUCAAUGUCACCGACAUUGAAAAGUGGAACGCCAACAAGACGUGGGCCUGGACCGACUGUGCGGGCAUGAUGUACGGCAACAAUAUGUGCCUUAGCGAGGGCCGGGCCCCCUUGCCACCUCCGCAGCAGGGCGUCGAGUGCGGGCCGACGUUGCCCGGUACCACGCUGCCCACGAACAAGUCCGUAUCCAUGGCUGACCUCAAUCCGUGCCCGCUCAAUGCCUGCUGCAGCAACUGGGGCUUUUGCGGUGUGUUCCCGCAGCACUGCGACAUUCAUAAUGCGCCCGGGAGCAGCAGCCCCGGUGCCAAGGACAAGCAGUUCCAGAACACCUGCAUCUCCAACUGCAAUCGGGACAUCAAGCAGAACUCGGGCCCGCCGGAUACCCAGAUGCGCGUCGGCUACUACGAGGCCUUUGGCAUGGACCGCCCCUGUCUGAACCUCAAGGCGAAGAACGCCAAUGUCGGCGGCGUCUACACGCACAUCCACUGGGCAUUUGCGGCCAUUGAUCCGACAACGCUCAAGCCGGUGAUCAACGACACCGACAAGCAGUGGGCCGACUUCAAGGCUCUGCAGGACGUGAAGCGCAUUGUGUCGUUUGGUGGCUGGUCCUUUUCGACCGACGCCGCGACGUUCGAGGUGAUGCGCAAGGCCAUCUUGGAGAACCGCGACACGUUUGCGGCCAACGUGCUCAAGUUUGUCAACGACGAAGGCCUUGACGGCGCCGACUUCGACUGGGAAUAUCCUGCCGCACCAGAUAUCUUUGCCGGAGGCCAGCCGAUCGGGCAAAAGGGCGAUGGUCUCGGGUAUCUCAAGUUUUUGAUCACCAUGAAGCAGAAGCUGGGCAAAGACAAGUCACUGUCGAUCGCCGCGCCGGCAUCCUUUUGGUACCUCAAGCCGUUCCCCAUCGACCGCAUCAGCAGUGCCAUCGAUUACAUUGUCUACAUGACGUACGACCUGCACGGCCAGUGGGAUUAUGGAAACGCAAACUCUUUCGACUCGUGCACAUCGGGCAAGUGCAUCCGUAGUCACGUCAACUUGACCGAGACCAAGAACUCCCUGUCCAUCAUCACAAAGGCAGGCGUGGCCAACAACAAGGUCGUCGUCGGCGAAGCUAGCUAUGGUCGCUCUUUCCAUAUGGCCGAGCAUCUCUGCUGGGGCCCAUUGUGCGAAUUCACUGGAUCACGCAACCAGUCGGAUGCCACGCCCGGCCGCUGCACGCAGACGGCUGGGUACAUUGCCAACGCCGAGAUCAAUGAGCUCAUCCGCCAAGGCGCACAGUCAAUUUAUGACGGCUCGUCGGACACCGAUGUUGUCCUUUACAAUGGCGACUACGUUGCCUACAUGACGCCCACUACACAGGACCGCCGCCGCGACACCUGGAAGGGCCUCAACUUUGCCGGUACGGUCAACUGGGCUGUCGACCUGCAGGCCUUCACUGCGGACGACAUGGACAACGCCUCGGGCGAUCGUGGCAAGGCCGGGUCGGAGGGCUGCAUUGCCGGUGAUGACCUAACAGUCGACACGGGCGACCUGUGCGAAUUUACCUGCGACCUAGGCUUCUGCCCCGAGUCGCUGUGCUACUGCACGGAGCGCGGCAUCUUGGAUCCGCUGCCGGCCGUCAAGAACGGCUCCGCCAAUGAUGUCGUCAUCGCCUGGAAUGAGCAGGGGAUUGACAUCAACAAGAUGUGCAAAUUUGCCUGCACGUACGGCUACUGUCCGGAUGACGUGUGCACUACACCUUUGGAGACCAUGGUGGAGGAUGACACUGACGAUACGCCCCCAUAUGCUAAUCCGGACGACGACCCACGCGUUGCCAAUGCCAACAAGUGCCUGAUUUACGAGAACGGCGACCACGACGACAGUGUCGCUCCUUGCAAGAUCUACUGCAAGCCGCAGCUGGACGCAGCAGCGGCAGCUGGACGGACGAGCAACUACGGCUGCGUGGGUUUCUGGCCACUCAACGAACCCAUCCCUUGGCAAACAAUCUCAGGCUUGCCCUGCCGUGUGGCCGGCGGCACUUGCAGCUGCGAUAACUACUUGGUCAACGAAAUUGCCACCACUGUACUCGAAGCCCUGCCCAUAAUUGCAGAGAUUGGCUGCUAUUUGAUCAUGUCGACUCUCAAACUUGUUGUCGACAUUGGUUCCAACAUCUUCACCGGCGGUGCAUUGUCGGCAGGUUUGAAUGCUGUAACGACCGCUGCGCAGAUCGUCAACUAUGUAUAUCCAAGUGACCAAGACCCGCAGGGAGCGUUUGACUGGUGGCUGAGUCCCUGCGGCAACACGGACCUUGUGCCUGACGACAUUAAGAAGGCCUUUGGCAUUCUCAGUGAUGUGGCUGACACAGUCACCGGCUUCAAGGGCCCCAAGAACAUUCCCAAGGGAAGCGGCCGGCACGGUGACGAUGGCAACCCCAAGGACCAGUCCAAGCCGCGACCGACGUCCAACGAACCCAAGCCAACCAGCAAACCUACUGAUAAGCCGACCGGAAAACCCACAGACAAACCAACGGGCAAGCCGACCGACAAGCCCACGGCUUGCCCGGUACCGACGAAAAAGGUGCGCCGGGGUAUGGGUAUAGGUGCGGGGCAUGGUGGUGUGCCGCAAACGACGACGCGACCGGAUGGCGCCGUCGAGACGCUCUGGCCGCGUGGUGAGGCCGGGGUGAUGACGGCCGACCAACACGGCGAGUACGAGUCGUACGACAGCGAAUACUACGUGGACGAGGUCGACUCGAUCAAUGCCUCUUGCAAGAACAACAAGGCCAAAAAGUGCAAGAUCCCCAAGGGCAAAGACGUGCAACGACUCGGCACCGGAAAGAACACGCUGCGCAAGCUGUCGUGCGUCAACAACGUUGUCAAAACACAGGAGAUGAUUGUCACAUCUCUUGUCUACGCGCCGGCCGCCACGAGCAGCGUGGUUGCCAGAAAGUGCGAGGCGGCCUGGACCCAGGCCUGCUACCAUUACAGUUCGGUUAUCCGCGAGAACCCGCAGUACGCGACCCUGACCUGCCCCCAGGAGGCGGCAAGCACCAAGCACCGACAGGACGCCGAGGCCACCAAAGUCUGGAGCGACCAGCACAAGGGCAAAGGAUGGCUUGACCCGCAGCACCGCCAGUGGCCCAAAUGCGACCGCGACGAGUACCCGCCCGCGUACCUGCUGAACGACGCCGACCCGGCGUUUGUUAAUAGCGGCCACAACCGCAACGGCCAGCUCGUACGCUUCGUCCCCGGCAAGCAGAAUCAGCGCGCCGGCGGCAUGUGGAAGGGCGUCUGCUUCAAUGGCCCCGUCAAGGAGCUGUCGGACCGCGAAUUCCAGGACCGCGUCGCGCGCUCGCCGCACACCAACGUCAUCCACGACACGAACCUGGUGCAAACGGAGGCGGCCAUUACCGUCGACCAGAGGCCCGAGUUUACGAUUAACAGCUGGGGUCCGCCAUCGUCGCCCGACGACGGGCUGGGCUCGAACCCGUGCUGGCCGAGCGCGAUUGCGCCGCUGGACCCCGGCUUUGCGCUGUUGACGUACGACAAGUACUACGACACGCACCCAAUGCCGUACAACUACCUGGCCGCAUAUGUUCCGCCGGCCGCGCCGCAGCCUACAUAG